GCUGCCUCGCUGUUCUCGUGACUCCCACAUAUCAGCUCUUCGUCCUGCGUUUUUUUAGGGUUUCUUUCAGUCCCAUGUUCGACGGCGUGUGUUCUCACGUCGCAGCAGUUUCUGUUUCUUUUCUCUUCAAUCACGAGCCAACCGGCUUGCGAAGAAAGCUCUCCGGCCAUCGCGCGAGCUUUGCUCGGCGCUGCACCCCUUGCACCGGCGAGUCGUUCGACGAGCCCCGGAUCGCCGCAGGAAUAAGCGGAGGUCGGGCGACGAGAGUCAAACUGGUUUACAAUCGGCGGGACUCUGUAUAGCGAGUCGGCGACAACAACCAGUGCGACCGACCUGCCGCCCCGGACAGAUCGGCUUAGCAGGCCCCGGCGACGCAGCAGCAAGCAGCUCGUCGCGUUCUCGUCGUCUGAGCGACGCAAGCGAGCGAGCGAGCGAGCGAGCGAGCGUGCGUUCAGCCACAUACGUCAGAGUAGAGUGUCAUCCAGUCAGCUGUUGGAGAUCACGGGCCUCCCCGUUGACUGCGUCCUGGACGAGUUUUAUUUUAAUUUUUACUCACCGCGUUUUGAAACCACGCGUUUCGAACUCGUACAGCGAGUGGGCUCCGAACGAGAAGCGCAAUGACUUCGUCGCUGCUCAAGAUCGUGCUUCUUCUGGCGCCGGUGUUACUGGCCUACGCUUUCAUAACCUACAUAGAAGUUCGCCUGCCGCUUCCGGGCAAGCGGCCUCCUCCGGGCUCCCCGUGGCCCGCGCCCCAGCGAUGGCAGUCGUGGCCGCUACAGCGGAGCCUGGACCCGGACACAUUUGCCCUGAGUUCGGCAGCUGCCGACUCGUGCGACGUGGUGGCCAAGGCUCUGGAUCGAUACCGCAAACUCGCCUUCCUCGGCGACGCCCGAAGAGGAUCUGCAGGAGUAGAGGGCAUCUUGGCCGUCGUCGAUCAUGGAGUCCUUCCCGCGCUCAGGGUCGAAGUGGCCCACUACCAGGGACAGGAACACUGCGGCUACCCGCAGCACAAGGAGGACGAGAGCUACACACUCAACAUACCCGAGCAGGGAGAUGCAAUGCUUACGUCUCAAACCGUGUGGGGCGCUUUGCGCGGACUUGAAACAUUUGCUCAGCUCGUUCACCAAGAUCCUGUCAGCAAAGCGUUUCUUAUCAACGUCACCGUCAUCGAUGAUUUUCCCAGAUUUUCGUACAGAGGUCUGCUGCUCGAUUCAUCGAGGCACUUUCAACCUAUGAAGGUUCUCAAGCAAAACUUGGAUGCCAUGGCCUACAACAAAUUCAACGUCUUCCACUGGCACCUUGUCGACGACCAGUCGUGGCCACUGGAAAUGGCGACGUACCCAAACCUGACACAGAGCGCGUACUCUCCGAGGCACGUGUACAGCCGCAAGGACGUCCAGGACCUCGUCGAGUACGCUCGGCUGCGUGGGAUCCGCGUCAUCCCUGAGAUCGACACUCCGGGACACACGCAAGCCCUGGGAAAGAUAUUCCCCGAUAUUCUCACGGCGUGCUACUCCAACGGUACCCGUGGUAAAGCCGACUAUCCAAAUCACGCCGCAUUUGAGAUGCUCAACCCCACGCAGAACUACACGUACGACGUCAUGAGAAACAUCUUUCGAGAAGUCUUCGAGACUUUCAAAGACAAGUACAUCCACCUGGGCAUGGACGAGGUUUACUAUUCCUGCUGGGAGUCAAGCCCCGAGAUCGCCGAGUUCAUGCGGGAGCAAGGUUUCGACGCCGUCAACCAGGUGGAGCAGUACUACGUCAAGAGAACGCUGGCCAACGUCCAGGCACUCGGCGCCAAGUACAUGAUUUGGCAGGAUCCCAUCGACAACGACGUUAACGCGGCCAACGACACUCUGGUUGGCGUGUGGAAGGACGCCUCGCUGGAUAUUAAGAUGAAACGCUGGCAGGACUACAUCAAGCCGAUUGCCCGCAAGGGGUACCAAAUGGUACUGUCCGCCUGCUGGUACCUCAAUUACAUCAGCUACGGCGAGGACUGGAAGAAGUUCUACCAGUGCGAUCCGCGCAGCUUCGAAGGCACCGAAGCUGAGAAGGAUUUGGUUGUCGGCGGCGAAGCCUGCAUGUGGGGCGAAUACGUCGAUGGCACAAACCUGAUUCCCAGGCUGUGGCCUCGCGCUUCGGCAGUCGCCGAGCGUCUCUGGAGUAGCGCUGACGUCAACAACACGGACGACGCCAGUUUCAGGCUGGACCAACAGCGCUGCCGCAUGCUCAGGCGUGGUAUACCGACGCAGCCAAUUUUGAACGGCUACUGCGGCGACUAUGAAUGGGAUCUGGACACUCCGUACCACAUCGAUUAGACGCGCUGACGACUUAGUGAAUAACAUAUCUAAUCGCCUAUCAUCCGCUCUUAACGUUUAAGUAAUUGAUUCAAGACAUCGUCACGUGUGCAGUAUGUCGAAGGCCACCUCCGGAGUACUUCCCGUUCUUGUGUUACCAGUGAUACUCUUCAAUCUGGACUCGGAGACGGAAAACGUUAUAAGGUUGCAAACAAUUAGGCUAUGUUUGACACACAACACGGAAAUGUUUUAAGUAUUUCCCCACAUUUGAUGUGAUAAUAGCCAUUCCUGCUGCCACCAUGUGUUUUUAUCGCCAAAUUCCGAUGGCACUACCGAAUUGUGACUGCUGUUUCUAUUGAAAGUUGUCGAACUCUUUGACGAGGAUGGAGUUAAUAGACCACACAAUUUUAGUAGGUGCAAUGCAGUCCUUGUUUCUGGGUGCUAUGCGGUGAGCUAUAAACCAUGUUCGCAAGCCUUCAGUGGUGUGACUACGAGAGGGAGAGAGAGAGAGACAAAGAGGAGGAAAGACAGGGAGGUUAGCCAGUGUAAGUACCGGCUGUCUACCCUGUGCUGGGGAAAGGGGUAAAGGGAAUAAAAGGAGAAAGAAGAAGAAGAGCUUACGAGAGCGCUAAAGUAUAGGCAAGAGCGAACGCAAGCUUAAUGCACUUCAACUGCCAAAUUGUGCUCGAAGCGUGGCAUCCCGGCCACAAGCCAAGCAAUGAACAAAGAAUAAAUGAAUAAAAUGUUAUACCAACAUGCUUUUACGCAUCUUGUGCCUAGCACGUAGCGUUUAACGCUCGCUAAAUCCCUGGGGUUUCGUAAUAGCGCGAGCUGUACUUUUUGCAUGAGUCAACAGAUUGCACCAGCGAUGCAAGCACCACGGUCAACAAGCGAAAGCAGAGCUGCUUCAAAGAACUUUUAUCCACUUGUAGACACCACCACUGUGCGGGAAAAGGCUAAGGAAAAUGAAUGCCUUUUUUUUGCUCGGUUGAUUGAACGAUAGGCUCUCACAUAAUCGCAUUAUUAUCGCCUAUGGUAACGUGCUUUAAUACUGAUAUCGAAAUGAUUUUUGUGCUAGCAUGACGAAGCCGCUAGGUUGUUUGAGUCGCCGUGUAAAGAUAAAAUAGGCGCUUUGAAACUAAUGACCCGACACAAAUUUCCAAAGAUUCAAGAUUCUUACAGAGUUAAAUGAGGCACGUAUACAUUAAAGAAUAAUAAUAAAAAACAAACUAGAAUAUAAAAAUGCUGUAAUUGUUACCAAAUAUUGGAUAUGCUUUACAUUAAACGUACACAUUCGGGUAAAUGGCGGGAACUGAUCAUGGCAAUCAGCGAAUGGAGCAUGAGAUUACACCACUGUACAGCAUUCUUUUUUAUUCAAAGAUUCGCAACAAGGCAUACGUUGUAAAUAUGAUGAACAAAGAGGGGCAUCAAAUAAAGGCAUGCAGCCCUGUGGGACGUAGGUACUGCAGCAAUGAAUUUGCUGAAACACCUAGCUAUCUUGAUAUUAUUCGCACUGUCAAACAUUCGAACACUACAUGCAGCUUCAAGCAUUCUUCAUGUUCGGUAUUUAGAGUGGAAGUGCUUUGGAGUGGAUUGAAAAGUUCUUGAAGUGGGAAGGAUUUGUAUAUUUUGUCAGCAGUGACACAUUCCCUGUAGCCUUCUUUUUAUACCGCUAUUUUAAGUAGAAAAAACUCCACUAAUUUCUAUUUUGCUUGCCUGUUUCGCCUCUUCGACUGUCAUUGUUUUUUCGUUUUUAGGUAGCUUAUUUCAAACUGACUUAAUUCAUACACAUGGUUACGGGUACCUUAGUACACUGUUUACCAUUGCAAACAGUCGUCGUACAUGUGACUUGCACUCAUACGUUCGUAUGCGGGAUGUGUGUAGGGAUAGUUAUGUUAUGCCUCCCAAGAUUCACUACUCGUGUUUUACACUGUGACGCCAUGACCCUGUCUGCGAAGCAUGCAUCCUCCUUUAGUUUUGGCUUGUGGACAACUUGUUUUGCCUGAAAAGUGAGUAAAUUGACCCCGAAAAAUUGACUGAUUGUGCUCAACGCGCAAAGCUCGGCACCACAACGAUACACUAUUGGAGCGUUCGCUUUUAGAAUGCUCUAUUUUCAACCGUUUUCUAUAUUAUUUUUUAUUUCUUGCUUCUAGGGACUCGCCGUAGGGCAUACAUGGUUCUCUUCUUUUUUCUUUUAACCACCAAUCAGAAAAGUUGCCUCUGACAGAUAGUGCAAUUGUAGACCGUGAGAUGUAUUCGAAGCGUCGGAUAUUACGAGCGAAGCAUCGAAAUGUAUAAACUGAAAUAAUAAACUGAAAUAAUAAACUGAAACUGAAAGAAGGGAAGCAAGCGAAAAGCAGCGCUGUCGCGAGCGGUCGCACCUUGCGCGAUUCUACAGUGAUUUGGAACGCGCUGUUGCAGCUGAAGCCCGGAAACAACUGAGCACUCCGUAAUGGAAUGCCACUGUAUUCAUUCAGCAACACCAGCGGGGAACAUCCACCUUCCAGAAGUAUUGGGAUUCAAAGUGGACAGAAAGAAUAGCUGGGCCAGCAGCCGAGACAAGCAAGAGAAGUUUAUAUGGUAUCGGUGAAAAAAGAAAAGAAAAAGAUGGGGUUAAACCGAUAGAAGCGGAGUCGUUACAGUACACUGUACACCAGAAAUAGUGGUUUUAGUGGAGAUAGUAAAAAAUCACGGAGAAAUAGACGAAGUACCAAAUUGCUACAUGUACAUUAUAUUGAUUAGCUCAAGCAGACUAGGUACCUAACUAUCCGAAGGUUUAACCAAAGCACAUGCUUUAGACGGAAUAGCGAAAUAGGCACAACUAUCUAUAUACGAUCUAUAUCUAUCAUAUAUAAGCUAUCGUCGCACCGUCUCGAAGAGGACGUCAAACGAGAUCAUCAUCAUCUCAGAUCUCACUUGAGCGGCGACAUCGAAUGGAAGCAAAACAAAUGCUUCGCACGCAAACCCGUGCUAUUAAUGCGUAAAGAGCUCCUGUGCAUGCAUGGGUGUGGCUAAGUUCACCUCUGUGGAAUGAUUCGGCAAAUACACUAGAGGAAUGACAUCACUCAAGGCGUGAAAACUGCUCCGAAGACGAGGUAUCGCGAUGCACAGCAUUCAGUUGAGCGCGGCCACUCCAGUGCGGGAUCGAGCAGCAGUGACGACGCAAAAACUGUGGCUGUAUGUUUCAAUAAAUUUCUGCCAUCGA